GGCGGCGCGUGAGAGCGGGCAGGUGGGCGCGGCGAGGGCGGCGCCCCCCGCGGUGAGUGACGGCCGGGAACAGCCCAGCCCAGGGCCGGGGCCUGCGAGAUGCGUCGGCUUCCACGCCCCGGAGAAAAAGCGAGAGUGGCUGGCGGGAGGAAGUCAAAGAGCCGGAAGCUUCCAGGGUGUCCUCUGGAAGUGCGGACGAUGCAAAGUGAACAGAAGGAACAGGCAGCAAUAGCUGGCCGAGGGCUGCCUGGAGGCCGUGCAAAUGACACCGGCCCACAACUGCCUGGAAACCAAGCACAGAGCACCUGCUCGCCGGCUGCAGUUGGGAACCAGAGGAGGAGGCAGCUCUGAAGGGGCAGGACACAUUUCCGGUGAGGUCUCUCGGUGCUGGGUCUGAGGAUGGCCGAACUGCAAGGCCGGGAGCCUGAGGCGGAGUGCCCCGUCUGCUGGAACCCCUUCAAUAAUACAUUCCACACCCCCAAAAUGCUGGACUGCUGCCACUCCUUCUGCGUGGAAUGCCUGGCACACAUCAGCCUGGUGACUCCCGCCCAGCACCGGCUGCUGUGCCCGCUCUGUCGCCAGCCCACUGUGCUGGCCUCAGGGCAGCCUGUCACCGACCUGCCCACGGACACGGCCAUGCUAACCCUGCUCCGCCUGGAGCCCCACCAUGUCAUCCUGGAGGGCCGUCAGCUCUGCCUCAAGGACCAGCCCAAGAGCCGCUACUUCCUGCGCCAGCCCCAAGUCUACACGCUGGACCUGGGCCCCGAGCCUGGGAACCAGGCUGGGCACCCCCAGGACACAGCUGGUGCCACCGUGCCCAUGCCCAUCUCCAUCCCCAGCCACUACUCUCUCAGGGAGUGUUUCCGCAACCCUCAGUUCCGGAUCUUUGCCUACCUGAUGGCCGUCAUCCUCAGCGUCACCCUGCUGCUCAUCUUCUCCAUCUUCUGGACCAAGCAGUUCCUCUGGGGUGUGGGGUGAGCGCUCCACUUCCAGACAAGGAACAGAGGCUUCCACACUUGCUGCUCAGGGGACUGCAGAGCCUCUCUGGUAUUGUCUUCCUUUGUAGUAUUUUGUUCAUUUUAAAUUCAGGUAUCAGUUAGGCUGUGUGUUUGCUUCUGGGGACAGAGAGAGCCCUAUUGUGAGAGCCUCUGAAAGCUAAUGGGCUGGGAUAAGACAUGGAGGGACCUCUGCAUGUGAACCAUGGGGUCAUGGAAGGGCCAAGAAGCACAUCUAUGUCUACAAAGCUACACAGCAAGUUGUGCCAAAGGUCUGGACAGUGGUAUCCAGAAACGGAACCAGCCCAAAUAGCAAGUUGCAUUUCUCAGUGGAGCUGCCUUGAACUCACAUUGUUUUGAGUUGUUCUUUUUAUUACGUGUUGCUAAAAAACUUGGAAAGUGAGCUUCAAGUCUGUGGGCUGCUUUCUCUUGGAUGUCUUGCCACCAGCCCCAGUAAAAAUGGUCUGCAGUCAUUAA